UGCAGUUUUCCAAGUUCUUAGCAUUGAAAAUGAGGGUGGAUCUCUAGGAUUCUAAGGGAGGGAGAUGAGUGGGGCUCCCAACUAAGAGAAUUGGAAUUAUCAAUGAAAUCUAUUUGGUUAUGCAAUUCGCCGAAUUUUCGCCACCCAUUAUGAAUCGAAUUUGGAGAACAAAUGGCACUUUGCUUUUGAAUGUCCAGGUUCAUCCUCCCUAGCUUUAAUUAACAUCCUUCCAUAUAAUAAUAUAAAUAAAAUCCGUUACACCCUCAAAAACAUCCAAACCUCACAAUCCAGUUGAUUCAACAACUAUUACCUAUUGUCAACCUUGCCACGAUAUUAACUAAUAAUUACUCCCCGGCCUCCUCGUCAAACUCUAAUUCCAAAAUUUUCCCCCAUACCAGAAGUAAUAAAAUUUCCGGUGAGCCCCUAGAUUAGUAGCCACUUCCGAACCCACCCCCUCCUAAGUUCAAAAUUUUUUUAUUCCUAAAAAAUACCCUUCUAAUACCCAAAUAUUAUAUCUGGCCCUCGGAGCCUACGACUGAGGAAAAAGAAAAUAAGAGAUAAAAGAGAGCCGAAAAUGGCAGCCAUGGCUUCUCUUCACCUCAAAACCUCAUUUCAUCAGACCAAUUCCUUUCUGAAGCUGCAGGGAACCAAAUUUAUCCCAGCUCUCAAUAUGCCGAAUUACCCUCUCCGAUCCAUCAGAGCCCGGCCCGCGACCCGAAUCUCGGCUUCGUUGAUCGAGCCGGAUGGCGGACGGCUCGUCGAGCUCUUCGUCAAGGAGUCUGAGAAAGACUCGAAAACCAAGCAGGCGUUGGGCCUGCCAAAGAUCAGCCUCUCGAAGAUCGAUCUCCAGUGGGUCCACGUGCUCAGCGAGGGCUGGGCGAGCCCGCUCAGGGGCUUCAUGAGAGAGUCCGAGUUCCUCCAAACGCUUCAUUUCAAUUCGCUCCGGCUCGAAGACGGGUCGGCUGUGAACAUGUCGAUACCCAUCGUGCUCGCUAUCGACGAUGCCCAGAAGAAUCUGAUCGGGUCGUCUACCAGCGUUGCGCUUGUUGAUGGGAAGGAUGCUCUGGUUGCUGUUUUGAGCGAUAUCGAGAUAUACAAGCACAACAAGGAAGAAAGAAUAGCAAGGACCUGGGGCACAACUGCCCCAGGCCUGCCUUAUGUUGAGCAAACCAUCACUAAUGCUGGAAACUGGUUGAUUGGUGGUGAUUUAGAGGUGAUUAAUCCUGUCAAGUAUGAGGACGAUUUGGACCGUUUUAGGCUCUCGCCUGCACAGCUUCGUGAGGAGUUUGAGAGGCGGAAUGCAGAUGCUGUGUUUGCUUUCCAGCUUCGAAAUCCGGUGCACAAUGGACAUGCUCUAUUGAUGACCGACACACGGCGUAAACUUCUCGAGAUGGGUUAUAAGAAUCCGGUCCUCUUGCUUCAUCCCUUGGGGGGAUAUACUAAGGCAGACGAUGUCCCGCUUAGCUGGCGGAUGAAGCAACAUGAGAAGGUACUUGAAGAUGGUGUCCUGGAUCCAGAAACUACAGUUGUGUCUAUUUUCCCUUCUCCUAUGCACUAUGCUGGCCCAACUGAGGUGCAGUGGCAUGCUAAGGCUAGAAUUAAUGCAGGGGCCAACUUCUACAUAGUGGGCCGUGAUCCAGCUGGCAUGAGCCACCCAGUCGAGAAUCGGGACCUCUAUGAUGCUGAUCAUGGGAAAAAAGUUCUCAGCAUGGCUCCUGGACUUGAGCGCCUCAACAUUCUUCCAUUCAAGGUGGCUGCAUAUGACAAGACACAGAGUAAGAUGGCAUUCUUUGAUCCAUCCAGGGCUCAAGAUUUUCUUUUCAUAUCUGGCACAAAGAUGCGAACCCUUGCAAAGAACGGGGAGAAUCCUCCCGAUGGAUUCAUGUGCUCGGGUGGCUGGAAAGUUUUGGUUGAAUAUUAUGACAGUUUGGCCCUAACCGAGAAUGAUAGACUGCCUGAGCCUGUUCCGGUUUGAAAUUAUUACGACUGUGUAAAGUUGAUCCAAGUUUGGGAUAUACUUUACUCUACUUCGUAACUACCAAUGUGUAUUUAAACUGGAUUUUAAUAAUAAUAAUAAUGAUGAUAGAGUAAUGUUUAGAUGACAGUGGCCUCAGAAUCCUGUAUUAUGAAUGCUUGAUUACUUGGAGUUGUGUGAUCAACUGUGUGGUAUUGCUAUUAUGCAUGAUUUUGACGAAGUUAAUCAAUUUUUAUCUUCUGUUUUUAUCAGAAGUUUUUUACAGUGGCAAUGGUGAUCAAAUUAUCGAUUUCAUUUAGCAGCUGCGAGUGCUCUUGGUUGAUAAAAGGAAAUUAAUGAAUAAUUCAAACAAGUUUCUG